UUUGCAGCAAAACAAAAUAGUGCGGACACGCAGAGAAGCUGAAACGUUAUCGGUAUCUCUUUAAACGGUCAAGCGGGCCUGAACUGCAUCUGCUCCACCAACGGUCUCAGAUGGGAUUGCUACCGGCAGACAAAUGUUUAUUGGCUCUGUGUCUGCAUCCGUUCAAAUAAGUACGCGUAGCUUCUGUCUAUGUUCCAUCAACGCGAGUCAUGCUUUACGCUACAGUUCUCCUGGUUGGAUUUGCACUUGCAUCACCUCUUCCAGCACCACAAUUCCGUGGACAACGUCCUGGUGCAGGAUGUGCUGCGUAUGAAAUCAUUGCGGCUCGUGGAACUACCGAGAGUCAGAGAAAUCCCAUGGGCGAACGGGCUUUCGUCAGUGGCAUCAUGAGGGCUGUCCCGGGAGGGAAGAAGUACGAGGCCGUCUAUCCUGCAUCCUUCGAGACCAUCACUGUUGGCCCGAGCAUUGCUACACGAGACAUGGUCAAGCACUUGGAUCAGCAAGCCCAAGCGUGUCCUGGUCAGCCUUUCGUGCUCUUUGGGUACUCGCAAGGUGCAAUGUCAAUCGUAACGCUUAUGAAUGAUCGGGGGUUCCAGAAACAUGCGCCCAACAUGGCAGCUUCUGUACUCUACGGGAAUCCUUAUUGGACAAGACAAAAUGCCGGAGAUACAAAUGCAGGAACAGCGAGGACCGGUCGUGGCACUUUCGGGAAUAUGAAAUCUGUGCCGCAGCCUUUGCGACCCGCCACCCGGGAUUACUGUAACAAGGACGAUCUUUUUUGUGCCGGUGGAGCCAGUCUGCUAGUUCAUCUCAGUUACGCUCAAUCGCCUGCAAGUGCAGAUUCCGUCAAAUUCUCUGUCGAACGGUUGCAAGCUGUUUUGGGUGCAAAGCAGAAUGGCGCUGCUGCAGCAGAGCCGCAAGCUGCCUGACUUGCAAUAAGUGGCAGUGAAGAGACGUGGGAGUGCUACAGGAUUGAGCGUGAUGAUGAUGAUGAGAAUCGGAAGAGAUAUGAUAUAUGAACUAUGCUCGUUAGAUGUGCCUCCAGUGAUCAGUGACAGUGUCCGCGGCCGUUACGGGAAUUCUGCCAGUGCAGCUCAACAACUUCCCAUCUGAAAUUACAAACAACUAGGCCCAAGGGGUAAAGGCUCCUCAACUGGAAGCACAAUUGUAAGGAGUCAAAGACCGCUACAGACUGUGACAGAGCCUGUCUG